UACAAUGUGUUCUAUUCACAGAUUCUUAACCCUUUGGAUGCUAUUUGUGAUCGUAAACGGCCAGAUGCAGUUUGCGUUUCGAAUUUAAAGAAUGCCAAAAAAGUCGACAAGGGCGUUUUAGUAGAACGCCCAGAUGUAAAAAUAUUUUUGCCUUUCAGAUUUUAUGUGUAUGAACCAAAAACUCUAUUUAUACCAAAUACUUACAACCGAUUUUUAGUUGUGCCUAGUGGGGAUCAUCUGACAUCUUUGGUCGAUGAAAUAUCAUACAUAUCACCACCGGCACCUCCCCUUUCACAAAUCGAUGACAUUCCGACCGAAUACUUCUGCAACGGUGACAAUAGGCCGCCAAACUGUGGUCCAAACUGUGAAUGUACACACAUGGUUGAUAUACCACUUGGAGCUAUUGUUGAAGUUGUUUUGGUCGAUGAAGUGCAGCAAGUCAAUCUUAGUCAUCCAUUUCAUUUGCAUGGUACCGCCUUCUAUGUGGUAGGACUAGGACGUUCGCCUGAUAAAUCAAUAAAAAAAAUUAACCUGAAGCAUGCUCUGGAGUUGGACCGAAUGGGCAUGCUUGAGCGAGAUUUUUCGAAGCCCCCUCUUAAAGACACAAUAGCCGUACCCAACAACGGAUAUGUUGUUAUGCGGUUUCGAGCAGACAAUCCUGGCUAUUGGCUUUUCCAUUGCCACUUUCUUUUCCACAUCGUCAUAGGAAUGAACCUCAUAUUUCAUAUCGGAACGUCAGCUGACCUACCACCAGUCCCUCCACGAUUUCCUAGAUGUGGCGACCAUGUGCCGCCAGUUACUUGGUACUAGUCCGCUGUCAUAGAUAUUAAGUAAAACCCUAGUGUAAUAUUUAAAUUAAAUAUAAUUUAUUACCUUCGUUUAGUUAAACAUAUUUUAAAAUAAAA